CAUCGCCGUAUCCCCGCCCCGCCGCGACGUCGCCGCCCCCCCGGUGGCGAGAGCCGCUCCCGGCGGUGACGUUGCGUGGCGCUACCGGGCGGCUCCGCCCCGCUGCGUCCCGUCCCCCCCGUUCGCCGCCGCCGCCGCGCCGGGACGGACCCGCAGCAGGAGCCACCAUGGACCUGGUCCUGGAUGUUGCCGACCAGCACAUCCUCACACCCUACGUGUACCCCUCCAGCUGGCCUGAAAAUGAGCCUUUCCGCCAGCUCCUCAGCCUCUUCGUCAUCACCAAUCUGGGGGCCCUCACCCUCUACCUGCUCUUCGGUACCCUCAGCUACUACUUCAUCUUUGACCAUGAACUCAAGAAGCAUCCUCACUUCCUAGAGAACCAAGUGCGUCGGGAGAUCACCUACGCGCUGCAGUCCCUCCCCUGGAUCAGCGUGCCCACCGUCGCCCUGUUCUUUGCUGAGGUGCGGGGCUACAGCAAGCUCUAUGACAACAUCCAGGACUCCCCAUAUGGCUGGUCAGGUGUCUUCCUCAGCAUGCUGUCCUUCCUCUUCUUCACUGACAUGGGCAUCUACUGGAUACACCGUGGUCUCCACCACAAACUGUUCUAUAAGCGCUUCCACAAGCCCCACCACCUCUGGAAGAUCGCGACGCCCUUCGCCAGCCAUGCCUUCCACCCCGUCGACGGCUUCAUGCAGAGCUUGCCCUACCACAUCUACCCCUUCCUCUUCCCUCUACACAAAGUCACCUACUUGGGCCUCUACAUCUUCGUCAACGUCUGGACCAUCUCCAUUCACGAUGGCGACUACCGCGUCCCUCGCCUCCUGCAGCACAUCAUCAAUGGCUCGGCCCACCACACCGACCACCACUUGUAUUUCGACUACAACUACGGGCAGUAUUUCACCCUCUGGGACAAGAUCGGUGGCUCCUACAAGAGCCCCACGGCCUUUGAGGGCAAAGGCCCCCACGAUUACUUGCGCAAGCUCCGAGAGAAAGACGCAGGGGAACCCAAUGGUGUCCCGGCUUCCAAAACUGAGUAGGCUUUCCCAGCCUAUUCCCUCUCUGGGAUGAGAUUCCCCGGCCAGAUCUCAUCCCAUUCGUCCCUGGCCUUGAGACUACUUUCCUACGGACAAAGAGCCCCUGUCCCUGGAUGGCAUAACUGACACAGGAUGAUUCUCAGCGACCGCUCUGGCCUUCCCCUGCUCCCAAAACGGCGGAGUCCAGCCUCACUCUACAUUACAGACCUGCCUGCUGCUCCUAUUCCAAUUCAGCUGCCUUUGGAUCUCUGCUAAGAUCCCUGUGCUGCUGCUUUACAGAAAGAACAAUGGCACAAACAGAACAAUAACAUGGCACAAGCAGUACAAUAACGUGCUCGCAGCAGGGUCUCCAUUCGUGUGUGCUCCAUGCCUUUGUCGCCGAUUCGACACUGCCAACACGGAGUCCAUUGGGAUGAGUCCAGUCGAAUCCAGAUGAGUCAAGAGGCUGAAGAUGCUGCUUUUUCUUUUCCUUCUCUUUCUUUUUGAGCUGUAUUUCGCGAAAAAAAAAAGCCGCAAACACCAACCUUUUGGAGCAACGUGGGUCCUCCUGAUGGCUCCUCAGCUUGGUGGCGGCCCAGCCUCAAGACGCAGCGGGAUUCCUCAGUGCUCAAUACACUCUCAUCCUCCUUCUCUCCCAGGGAUGUCCUGCGGUGUGCUGAUGGGAUGCAUCCUGGAAACAGCAUCCUGUAGGACAAAGAUACGCUUUGAGUCCUGUGGGUCCCCUUGAGCUCCCUGAGGACAUUGGGUGGGGGGAAGAAAAGGAAUAGGUGCACGAAAGGAAGGGAUGGGGGCUGCUCCUUUCUUGAGGGUUUGUGGCUGGUUUCUCCUUUUAAUGCCUGAUGUGCUUCCUGCUGAAACCCGGUCGUCUUCCCUUUGGGCGCGACCUGCAUUCAAUAAAUCUUACUUGCCAACUUG